AUGGCCGACGGGCCCACCAGCUCCGGCGACUCGCCGCCGCCGCCACCUCCUCCGCAGCCGGAGAACGGUUCCAUCUCCUCCAUGGUCGCCUCCUCUGCCGCCUCCGCGGCGGCCGCGGCCGCAGAUUUCACCCGCUGGGCCGAGACCUUCGGCGCCGAGAAGGCCGAUGCCGCCAAGGCUGCCCUAGCCUCCGCCACCACCUUGGCCACCUCAUCCGCCUCCGCGGCGGCUUCUGCUUCCUCCACGGCCGCGUCCUCCGCCUACGCGGCCGCCUCCGACCUCACCCUCAUCGCCAAGGAGGAGCUGGAAUGGGUGAAGAAGGAGUACUCUGCUCACGAGCAGAUUGUGUUUGGUAAGAUCAAAGAGGGCGUUGUCAUGGCUAUAAUGCAUCCAGGCAUUGCUGCAGGCUCCGCAACACUUGCAGGGAUUGUCCUUUUCAAAAGGCCAAGGAGCUACCUUAUUCAACGAGUACGGCGCAUGUUUGUUAGCAAGGAGACCCUACUUUCUGGCGUACAAACUGAAGUGAAUCACAUGCGGCAGACUGUGAAUCUUGUAUCCAAUGAACGCCAAAAACUGUUGGAUAGAGCAGCAACUGCAGAGAAAAGAUUUCAGAAAGGAUGGAAUACACUCAGGGAAGAAGGACGUUCCAUUCAACAUGAGUUGAGCGAGAUUAGUGAUAUUGAAAAUCAAGCAGUAGGUCUGAAGGGCAUUCUUGAUCAGCUCCCCAGAGCACAUGCAUCUGAAUUUCGAUCGGAGAUAUCUGGCCUAGCUUCUCAGGUUAAGAAGGAGAAGCGAGCGCUUAACGCCGCCCUCACGAAGAUUGUGAAUUACAGUGUCCCCAUCUGA